AGUGCGCCGCUAUUUAACACUUGUUAUAUCCCACAUUCCAAUCUUAAUUUCUUCCUCCACUUUUAACUCUCCAUUCAUUCCAAAUUUCCGAUCUUCAUUUUCCAAACAUGCCACAAGAACAAGCAUCCCAAAAUGAAACUCAAAGUCAUGAUGAGAGCUAUGUCAUAGGCUAUGCUUUGGAACCAAAAAAAAUCCAGAACUUGAUACGACCCUCUCUAAUUGACCACGCAAAAAAACAAGGCAUCCAACUCAUUCCAAUCGACAUCAACAAGCCCUUGAUCCAACAACACCCUCAUCUUCGUUUCCAUUGCAUCAUUCAAAAGCUCCAACCCAAACAUUGGAACAACCUUAACUUUCACGAAUACCUGUCCAAACAUGGCGCCAACACCACCACCACCACCAUCAUCAUUGAUCCCCCACACCUCGUUCAAAAACUCCAAAACCGCGUUUCAAUGCUUGAUUCCGCGUCCCACUUGCCACUUUCGCUCCAAAACGCCACCGUUGGUGUUCCGCACCAAGUGGUCGUUGAUGAUGAGAAGAAAACUAAGAACUCAGUGGAGGAAAUGGUAAUGGGUUCGAAUUUGAGGUUCCCAGUUAUUGCAAAGCCAUUGUAUGCUGAUGGAACCAUGAAAUCUCACGAGCUUUGCUUGGUUUUCGACGCCCAAGGGCUCCGAGAAACGUUGAACAAGAACACCGCCGGCGGCGCCGCCACCCCGGUGGUGCUUCAAGAGUUUGUGAACCAUGGCGGCGUUGUGUUCAAGGUUUAUGUUGCUGGGGAACAUGUAAGGUGCGUUAAGAGAACGUCCUUGCCUGACAUACCAGAAGAUAAGGCCAAGGCCUUAAAGGGUACCCUCAAAUUCUCUCAGAUAUCAAACUUCACCAUUCAAGAUAACAAUGGGGAUGGUGCUAAUCAUUUGAGCAAUAUUGAGAGAGCUGAAAUGCCAGAAGAGAGUUUGAUAAAGGAGUUGGCAAGAGCUUUGAGGGAAAGAACAGGGCUUAACCUGUUCAAUAUUGAUGUGAUUAGAGAUGCCAAGUAUUGCACGAGGUACCUUGUAAUUGAUAUCAACUAUUUUCCUGGUUAUGCAAAGCUGCCAUGUUAUGAGUCCUUUAUCACUGAUUUCUUGUUGGAUUGUGUGCGUAAUAAGGCUGCGGUUGUGUCUGUGUGAGAAGAAUUAGGAAGUGAAUGAAGGAAUGAAUGUUGUUGUGGUCUUCUACUUUUGCUUUUACAGACCGUGUGGACCAUACCUUUAUGGUUAAACGCUGUAGCUUCUUUUGUGUUGUCUUGUGUUUCUAGCGUUGCUUAGUUUUGGAACUUUCUUUUGGCGUUUCAGAUUUUUUUGGUUUGCCUUUGUCAUAAUUGAUGUCUUUUUCAAGAAUAAUUGUUAAUUGACCCUUGUUUA